CAGUUCUGCCAGCAGAGAAGGCCAUACAAACACCAGCGAAGGGGGGAGGAGGAGGAUGCCUCACCGUUAAAGGACCAGAGUGCCUCAUCCUGGGUCAUUGGAAUAAAGCACAAAGCUGUCAGCCUCUCUCCCUGGAAUAUUGCCCAGAGUUCCAGGGAAGAUGUAAUGAUUGCAGGUGAGCAGCCUCCAACAUGAGAGUGGCUGGAUGCGACAAUGUCGUAGGAGCCUUCCUACUUCUGCAGCUGGAGACCUACGUCCGCUCAGAAAAUGUGGAGCCAUUUCCUCUUCUCAACGGGCGCCCUCGGCCCGUGGUCUCCUUGGAGGAGAACAUCACAAAGGAGUUCACCUGCAGGAUGGAUGGCUGGAAGUCGGUGCCCGUGGUCACCUGGUACCUGAACGGUAAAAAGCAGCUGAGUAACCAGACAAUGCUGAUUCCCAGCUCCAGUGAGACUGUUAACCAGAGCUUCAGCUCCUUUGUGAUCACCACCCACAGGAAGGACAAGGAACUCAACUGCUCAGCGACUGACCCGGUCACUGGAAGAACUGAGAAUGCCAGUGUCAUCCUCAAUGUGCAGUUUAAACCCGAAGUUGUGCAGAUGGAUGCUGAGUACAGGGAACACAAUGACUCUGGUCUGUUCCUCGCCCUUUUUGUCUUGGUUCAUGCUAACCCUCCAGCCACCAUUACCUGGGUGGACGAGAGUGGACACGUCGUCGUGAACACCUCCCACUUCAUGAUCCUGGACACUAAGACGUACCCAUGGCUAACCAAUCACACGGUCCAUGUGCAGUUAUCCAGCCUGGCCAAAAACUACACCUUCACCGCCGGCAAUGAGUUUGGUGCAACCAAAUCCUCCUUUUCUUUCCCAGGUUUCCUCCAUUCACGUGUUGAAGUGCCUGUUUUAGUUAUCAUUCUCGCAGGAGUUAUCGGGCUCCUCAGUAUCCUGCUCCUCAAUGUUGUUGUGCUGUGUGCUGUAUAUCGGAGGAAGAAGGGACGAGCAGAUGUAAAACCUGACUGUGACUCAGCUGUUCACAGUGAAUCCACAAAUGUUAAAUGUGAUGAAGCACAGAUACCGAGAGAAACCAUUUCACUUCAGUCAAAUCUGCGGCUGAAUCCAGACUUGAAUAACCUGAGCCAACCUCCUGCAGAGCCCCAUCAAGGAUCGAGACCGCUGUCUGAAAGCCACGCGGCACAUGAAGAUCUCUCUGAUCAGGAGAACGUCUCAGCCGCGGACUCUAGAGGAUUUGUUCGUUUCCCGAUGUACGGAUAUAUCUACAAAGUCUCUAGUAUGAGCAGUGAUGAAAUCUGGCUUUAAGCAUGGCCUUCCCCGAUGUCCCAUGAACAUUGGGGCUUCCAGACCACGAGGACUAUGAUCUGCUUUACCUAAAAAUGCCCUCAGUGUCCCAGCCAUCGCCAUCCACUCCCUGGAGCUGCUGCUGGUGCUUUGUGCAACUUAAUGAUUGUUUACAGCAAGGUGGACCCCCCUCAACACACAGUUAAUCCAGUCCGGUCAUUCACUAAAGCAAUGAGAAACCAG